UAAAAUGAUAUACCUAGUUAAUCUUAUCAGUUGUUUAUUUGUGCUGAGUACAAAAAAGUGACAUUAAUUCAAGAUUUUGGUCGCAUGAAUCAUAAAAUAAACAAAUUUGAGAUUUAGAGUAAUUCCUAAUUCAGCUGAAUUCACCUCCAAAAAACUAUUUAUAAACAAUUUAUCCCAGUGACAGUGAUCUCAGUGUGGUGUACUCAAUCAGCUGAUUAAAAGUUAUUUAUUAUUAUUUUAUCUAAACUGAUACGGCAGAAGAAAAUAGUGCGACGUUCUCUUGAUAAAAAAGAAAGUUUCGGAAUUGUGUGAAAGAUAUAAAGAGAUAUAAGUUUUCAACAAAAUAAUUGUUAAGUUUUUUUUUAUCGAGAGAAGGUAGAAUUAUAAUAAAAAUGGCGUUAACCAGAAGGGCAAGUCACUCCGGUAGCUGGUACACGAAAAAUGGUUCUGAGCUAAGCAAGCAACUUGAAGGUUGGUUAAAUGCGGCAGAUUUAUCUCACGGACCAGCCAGGGCGAUUAUUGCACCGCAUGCAGGAUACAGUUAUUGCGGGAGUUGUGCUGGUUUCGCGUACCGUCAAAUUAGUCCUGCAGUUGUUCGCAAAAUAUUCAUCUUAGGACCCUCCCAUCAUGUGAGAUUAUCAGGUUGCGCCCUUUCCUCGGCAUCCACUUACCAGACACCUUUAUACGACCUUCAUAUUGAUCAGCAAGUUUGCAAGGAGCUCGAAGAAACGGGUCAUUUUGAGUGGAUGGACAUGAGUACUGAUGAGGACGAACACAGUAUUGAGAUGCAUUUGCCAUUUAUUGCCAAAGUUAUGGAAAGCUUUAAGGACUCGUUCACUAUAAUUCCAAUUUUGGUUGGAUCUCUCAGUCCCGAGAGAGAGGCUAUGUAUGGUAGAAUAUUAGCACCUUACAUGGCUGAUCCACAAAAUUUAUUUAUCAUAUCAUCGGAUUUUUGCCACUGGGGACAAAGAUUUCGCUAUACCUACUAUGAUCGAACAUGUGGCGCGAUUCACAGAUCUAUACAGAAUCUUGAUAAAAUGGGUAUGGACAUAAUCGAGACUCAGAACCCCGCAACUUUUACGGAGUACCUUAAAAAAUAUGGAAACACCAUCUGUGGUAGACAUCCUAUAGGAGUAUUACUGCAGGCUAUUCAAAGCGUAAAAAGUAACACAAAUGGCCAAAGGAUGAACCUGAAAUUCUUGAAGUAUGCUCAAAGUAGUCAAUGUAAUAAUAUGAAUGAUAGUUCUGUUAGCUAUGCCAGUGCUUCGUUGGUGCUCGAGUGAUGAUGAAAUAUUUUUCUUCCCUGUUCAAGUGACUGGUGCACACAAAUCCUUAGGUAUAGACAAUUUCAAGCGAAGAGAGAGGGCUUGAUAAAUAAUAAUAUUUGACAAAUAAUCGCAAAAAUACACUCACUAUUGAUUUCGACACUCAAUCUUAUAUUUAUAUUGGGAUCUGAAAUCUUUGGUGUCUUAAGGUACAAGGUACGAUUAAUGAUUCCAAUAACAGCAAUAACAAUUGUCAGAAAAUGGCUGAUUACUUAAGCGAAAGGAAAAAAAAAA